GACUGCAGUAGUAUGAAUUUCCCUCGUUUGCUUUUGGCAACAUAGUAGCCUAACAGAGCUAUUAUUAACAACGACACCACAAAAAUGAAUGACAAUUACUUCGAGGACGAUGAUCCCAUUUUCAAGGAAAUUGAAGACAUUAUAAAAGAUGGCGAAAGUUUAGAGGAUCAGCAAAGAGUAGGUCGGUAUAAGAGAGAUAUUUCUGUCCAAACUAAUGCGUCUGAACUAUUACCUCUUACAACGCUCAGAGAACAAAAUGCAAUCAUCCAAACGGACAUGGAAAUACUGAGGAAAGACGUGGCAGUGAAAUUGAAGUGCAUUGAGGCCAAAUUUGAUACUCAGAUACAGAGGGAAGCUAUCGACUUAUAUGUAUCAGUCCAGAAGAGGGGCAGAAAUAUGGAGGAGAUGCACAAAGAGAGAAUAGCAAUGCUUCAACAAAGUUAUCAACACCAGCUUGUUGAUGCCAUAAACGUAAUAAAAGGCAACUACAAGAAAUGCCACAUGCAAAGAGGAAAUUCAGUCCCAGGUGAUCUAAAUGAUAAUCGGAUUGCGCAAGGGCUUUUGGCCAAAAUUGAAGAGAAGAACUUGGAGAUACUCACUUUAACGGAACAAGUGAAGGAAUAUGAGGAAAGGCUCAACAGCAAGAGCGAUACAGAGGUGGCCGAUGGCUCUGAAAGAGAGUGGCUGGCGGAGGAGAACAGAAGACUGGAAGAUGAGAAUGAAAAGCUGAAAGAUGACAUUGACUCUCUGCACAUAGACCUGGAGCAGCUCGGAGAUGAGCUCCAAGUCAAAGAAAACAACAUUGACGAUUUAGCUGACGAUUUAAAGCAGCUGACCAUAAAAGCAGAGGAAGAAAGGAAGAAUCUUCAAAAGGUGACCCUGGAAAACAGUCAGUUGAAAGCACAGCUUGAGACCGAGAGGGAGACUGGAAAGAAAAAGUUAAAUCAACUGAAGAAGGAUAUGGAGAAGGAGAUUAACAAUAUUGAGACACAGCGUAAAGAAGAGGCCCUUGCAGCGAAGAAUAUGAUGGAGCAGCAUCGGCAGGAGCAGAGGGAUAUGGACAAGCAGCAGGAGGCUCAGAAGGCCCGGCAGGCCGCAGAGAGAGCCGCCGCCGCCGCUGCCCCCGCCGCAGCACUGGCCAGUAAGCAGAAGGAGGCCCGGGAGGACAAGGAGCUGGGCAACCUGGAAAAGAUCAUCGCAGAGCAAAAAGCAGAAAUCCAACGAUACAAGAAAGAGCUACGCAUCACCACUAGAGCAUGGGAGAAGAGAUUUGAAAUUCUGAAGAAAAAUUUUCAUGCAGUCAAGGAUGAGAUGUUCUUGCGGAAUAACUUGCAGAGACAAGCGGCUGCCCUACACUACGCCUCUGUUAGCUAUAUGCUGGACGUGCCAGGGAAGAACCCUGGCAAACACCAAGGCUUUACUGCAGGGACUCCUCUGCCCCACAUAGGUGCUGGGACUCAGAGGACCGACCAUACGUCUGGGACCGUGGUGAGCAGUUGCGUGAGUGACCGAGAUACACUCUCCUGCAUUGACCAUGAAUUCCAGCCCCAGAAUGAAGAUGAGGAGGAGGAUGAAGACUUCGGUGGUGAUCUCCCUCUUCCCCUGCCACCCCCUCCGAACAGGCAAAUCCCUGCUUUCACUCAAAGCUGACCUCAUUUCUCAUUUCUGACCUUAUUUCUGCUAUGGUCACAUCUAUUAAACAGAUGCAACA